CCGGCCUGUCAGUCAACGAUAUAUUGAUGGUAGGUCCUAACGUGCAGAACUCUCUUUUCUCCAUAUUGAUUCGAGCUCGCCAGUAUAAGUUUAUUUUAACUGGAGACAUCGAAAAGAUGUACCGACAAGUGCAAGUGUCUGAUGAAGAUCGUGACUUGCAAUUGAUUCUGUGGAGGGAAGAUGAGUCUGAACCUAUCAAAACCUUACGUCUGAAUACUCUCACUUACGGGACCGCAAGUGCGAGCUAUUUAAGUACUAAGUGUCUCUGGCAGGUCGGGGAGGAGUGCGAGGAUGCGCAAAUAAAAACAAUAAUUCAAAACGAUUUUUACGUAGAUGACCUUAUAACUGGAGCCGACAGUGAAGAAGAACUUCGUUAUAUUCAAAAAUCAGUCGCUUCUGCUCUUAGCGGAGCUUGCUUCCCUUUGAGAAAGUAUAAAACAAAUCUGCCUCAAAUAUUUGAUAAUUCUAAUAUUAACUCUCAAGAUAGCCUGACUUUAAGCGAAUCGUCGAGUACUCUCGGACUUGGCUGGAAUCCUUCUAACGAUAAAUUACAUUUUCCAGUCUCCCUUCCACUUCAAAAUAGCACAAAUACAAAAGUAACUAAGCGUUACAUAAUGUCAAAUUCAUUCAAAAUUUUCGACCCUUUGGGUCUAUUAAGUCCAUGUGUAAUCUUACCUAAAAUUAUGCUACAGCAGUUGUGGCUACAAAAAAUAGACUGGGACCAGCCGGUUCCAGAUGAUAUAAAUAAUGCUUGGCACGAGUUUGCUAGCUACAUACCUGAUCUUACCACUCUCCAGAUUCCCAGGUCCGUCCUGUGUGAUUUACCAAAGGAUGUAGAGAUGCAUUCAUUUAGCGACGCCUCGCAACGCGCUUAUGGGGCUUGCGUCUACAUAAAAACAAUGGAUGCUGAAAAUAAUGUCUCUGUUAAACUUUUGUGCGCGAAAUCAAAGGUGGCGCCACUAAAGCCCACCACGAUCCCACGCUUAGAGCUUUGUGCUGCUCUGCUUGCUGCCAGAUUGUGUAAAAGCGUACUAGAGUCCUUACGAUUCACCCCAUCAGCUGUUGUGCACUGGUGCGACUCUAGCGUUGUACUCAGUUGGAUAAACAGCGAGCCUAGUAAGCUGAAAACCUUUGCAGCCAAUCGCAUAGGUGAAAUUUUAGAGACUACACUACCUUCUUCAUGGCGCUACGUACCUACCGCCUAUAAUCCAGCAGAUCUUAUUUCCAGAGGGGUCAAUGCGGUCCAACUGCUGCACUCUGAACUCUGGUGGUCAGGUCCGAAUUUUCUGUCAAAAGAUGAAACUUUCUGGCCUACAUUAAAACCGACUCCAUUAGAAUCUUUGCCGGAAGUAAAAUCCAUGACAGUAACUGUCUCACAACCCUUAAUUGAUUUCAUUAGAUAUUCUAAGCUAAACAGAAUUCAACGAUCCUUCGCAUAUGCUAAAAGGUUCAUACAUAAUGUAAAAAAUCCUAAUAGUAAAAUAUUAGGCAACUUAACUAUUGAGGAAUUAAAUGAUUCAUUUAAUCAUCUGUGCAGCAUAGCUCAGCAACAAAGUUUUCCCACAGAAUAUAAUUUACUAUCGAAAGGUAAAUCAUUGAGUCCAAAGUCCAGAAUAUUGUCAUUAUCACCAUUCUUUGAAAAUAACUUAAUAAAAGUAGGUGGUCGGAUAAACGCAUCUCAUUAUACUUACGACAAACGUCAUCCCAUUCUUCUCGAUCCUAGACAUCACUUAUGUAGGCUUAUAUUUGCACACGAACACUGUAACAACAUGCAUGCUGGACCGCAAUUACUGUUAGCCAUAAUUAGGGAAAGAGUCUGGCCGAUAGACGGGAGGCGCGCGGCGCAGCGCACAGUAUAUAACUGUGUACGGUGCAGGCGUGUACAAGGGAAGACUUUGUGCCCUAAAAUGGGCGAUCUGCCGGCUCAGCGAAUCACGGCGGACUUUCCGUUUGUCUCCGUAGGCCUUGACUUUGCAGGUCCUUUCCUGAUUUUAAAUCGAAAGGGUCGAGGAGCUAAGCUUGUGAAAAUGUAUUUAUGUUUGUUCGUAUGUCUGAGAUAUAAAUGUUUGCAUUUGGAAGCUGUUAGCGAUCUCACCAAGAAUUCUUUCAUAAUGACCUUACGUCGUUUUGUUGCUCGCAGAGGAAGGCCAGCUGAAAUAUUCUGUGACAAUGGUCGUAAUUUUAUAGCCGGUGCUAAAGAGCUAAAUAGUUUUUUAAAGGAAAAUGUAGAAUCUCUUUCGGCUUUUGCAACUCAAGAAGGAAUAAAAUUUAAUUUCACACCAGCAUACGCUCCUCAUUUUGGCGGUAUUUGGGAAGCCGGUGUUAAAUCGGCCAAAUACCAUGUUAAGCGCAUAAUGGGAAACACUCAUCUCACAUUCGAGGAGAUUACUACUUUAUUUGCACAAGUGGAAGCCAUUUUAAAUAGCCGCCCCUUGUGUCCUCUCUCUUCAUCUCCUGACGAUCUCCUUUUCCUAUCCCCAGGGCACUUUCUCAUUGGCAGACCGCUAAGAGCUCUACCUACACCAACCCUGGAAGAUUGCAACGAAAGUUAUCUCCAACGCUACGCUCGCGUCGAAAAGUUGCGCCAGAGUUUUUGGAAACGUUGGCAAGGCGAAUACAUCGGCGAGCUGCAACAAAGAUGUAAAUGGAGAGUGAACAAAGCCGAUCUAAAGGUUGAAGAUAUGGUCCUGAUUCAUGAAGAAAACACGCCACCCUUAUGCUGGCGCCUUGGACGAGUCCUGCGUCUGUUUCCUGGUCCGGAUGGAGUCUCCAGAGUAGCUGACGUCAACACAACGAGAGGCACCAUACGACGCCCUCUCACUCGCCUCUGCCCGCUACCGACGCCUGAGGAUCUAUGCGGUUGAAGUCGAUGUCUUCAACAGGGGGGAAGAUGUUCCGGCCAGCGCCUUCUUAAAUCAAGUCCGCAAUUAUCACCCGCGUAUAACAAAACCUGCAUUUUGCAUAGGAGUUUCUUGCCAAUAAAUUUGCAAUCUCAGUUUCGUUCUGACCUCAUGACCGAACGCAUCAUUUACACAAUUUGUACCAUUUUAUAAUUAAUAUAAGUUCAAGUUGAAGAUUUGGGUUUUAUUCUAAAUUAAAACUCA